UAGAAUAACAUGGUCACGUCUUCUUGACACUCAGCCGAUGCAGGUGGAGGACAGACCAGCUGACCGAGGAGCAGGAGGAGGGGCAGAGCAGCAGCCCGGGCUGCGGAGGAGCUGCUCCGGAGUUAACCUGCGACACGAGCCGCCGCCGCUGCUGCUUCAGUCCCCGGCAGCGACCAGCCACUCGCCCGUCCGGGAGUUUACCUCUCUAAGCGAACCAGCUAUCGUAGUUGUUUUUACAGCAACGUCAACACGGUAAUGUUAGCAAUCCUGGGAAUCAAAUCGGUGUAGCGUCGCAAGUUGUCGGCCGGUGAGCUGGUUUCUUAAAAACAUGUCUAUAUUGCCGUUCACACCUCCAAUCGUGAAGAGGCUUCUCGGCUGGAAGAAGGGAGAGCAGAACGGGCAGGAGGAGAAAUGGUGCGAGAAGGCGGUCAAAAGUCUCGUGAAGAAGUUGAAGAAGACGGGACAGUUGGACGAGUUGGAGAAAGCCAUCACGACACAGAACGUGAACACGAAAUGCAUCAACAUCCCCAGAUCUUUAGAUGGGCGUCUCCAGGUCUCCCACAGAAAGGGUCUUCCUCAUGUCAUCUACUGUCGCUUGUGGCGCUGGCCAGACCUGCAGUCCCACCAUGAGCUGAGGGCUGUCGACCACUGUGAAUUUGCCUUCCACACAAAGAAGGAUGAUGUCUGCGUCAACCCUUACCACUACCAGAUGGUGGAGACGCCAAUUUUGCCUCCUGUCCUGGUACCACGGCAUACAGAUAUCCCUGCAGAGUUUCCACCAUUGGAUGACCACAGUCCAUCCAUCCCUGAGAACACUAACUUUCCCGCUGGCAUUGAGCCCCAGAGUAACUAUAUUCCUGAAACUCCACCACCAGGGUAUCUGAGUGAGGAUGGUGAGACAAAUGAUCACCAGCUCAACCACAGCAUGGACACAGGUUCACCCAGCCUGUCACCCAACCCUGUGUCACGCACAAACAGUAAUCUUGACUUACAACCUGUGACAUACUGUGAGUCGGCCUUUUGGAGCUCCAUCUCCUACUAUGAGCUGAACCAACGCGUAGGAGAGACCUUCCAUGCCUCCCAGCCCUCCCUCACUGUCGACGGAUUCACAGACCCAUCCAACUCUGAACGCUUCUGUUUGGGCUUGCUGUCCAACGUCAACCGCAACUCGGCAGUAGAGCUCACUCGCAGACACAUAGGACGGGGCGUGAGGUUGUACUACAUUGGAGGAGAGGUGUUCGCAGAGUGUCUCAGUGACAGUGCUAUCUUUGUCCAGAGUCCUAACUGCAACCAGCGCUAUGGCUGGCAUCCUGCCACUGUCUGCAAAAUACCUCCAGGCUGCAACCUGAAGAUCUUCAACAACCAGGAGUUUGCUGCUCUGCUGGCCCAGUCAGUGAACCAGGGCUUUGAGGCCGUCUACCAGCUCACCAGAAUGUGCACCAUUCGCAUGAGUUUUGUCAAGGGUUGGGGAGUCGAGUACAGACGCCAGACAGUGACCAGCACCCCCUGCUGGAUAGAACUGCAUCUCAACGGCCCUUUGCAGUGGCUGGACAAGGUUCUCACACAGAUGGGCUCUCCCAGCAUCCACUGCUCCAGUGUGUCCUAGGAGCAGCACAAGCUUCCCAGAAAACCCCCUUCCCAUCCACAUAGACAAACACAUAUCCACAAACCACAUAGGAAAAGUCCCGCAUCUGUGAUGAUAAGGAAGGGGACACAAUUAAUCAAAUCACUCUCAUCCCUCGCAGUCUCUUAACAUUUUUCCCCGCCUCUAUAGCACUUUCCUCAGUACCAUUUUGUGUCUCCGUUUAAUUGUUAUUAUAGGACUUUUACAUUGUCUUGUGUUCAUAUGUUCAACGGGCAGCCACAGGCUAUUUGCAAUAGGUUUUAAAGAAUAACCACCAUUUCUUUAUUAUUCAUUCAGACAGAUUUUUUUAAAGGAGAUUCAAAUGUUUGUUUUUUUCCAAGUUGAAGUUUUGGCACAGUUUCAGCUUGGUUACCUUUAACAUGUUUUUUUUUUUUAAUUGAUUCUAUGUAUUAGGUCAAAUUGAUGCCAUCACCACUGGUGUUUCAGUGUCCCAGUGCCACUCUUAGUACUCACUGAAUUAGGAGGCUUAUUUGUCAAUUGAACCGCAAAUUAAGAUGAAAAAUUUAAUUCUGAGUAGUGAUUAAAUAGAGUAUAUUUAAUUAAUGUCUUAAGUACAACGUACUUUGCCCAUAUUAAUUUAUCUGUAUGAAUUAAAGUGUCAAUUAUCCGAUUGAUCAUGUAAUUGGUAAUUUAUCUAUUUCAAACUAUAGCACCAUUCUUUCUUGAAAAGAACCCUUGUAUGAAAACUAUUUUGCUCAGUGAAAGACAUUUUCUAAGUUAUUUUUGCAUACUAUCCUGCAUGGGAAUAUAUUUUUUUUUAUUGCCUCAAUAUGGUUGUACAUAAAUAUUUAAAGCUUGUGAUUUCUCGUAGUCACGCAGUGCUUGAAACCGUGGACCCAACUGACCUCUGGCAUGGGUAGAUUCACAAAAAGACUUUGCAUUGAUGACCAGGACGUGGCCUGCUUAAAUGCAGGCUUUUCUAACGCGGGUCCACUUAAGUGUGAAUUACAGUACCAGCUAUUACUCUUAGGGACGAAGAGUAUGAACGCUCAUGGUUGAAUUUAGACACCCAUGUGAUUAGUGUGAAGGCUACUCACUAGCAGCAACCAUGGCAGUGGCUCAAACAUCGAUGGCAUAUUGGGUCAAAACAAAUGCAAAUCUUGUCCCAUAUUACCAUUCGUACACUUGGCUCCAUGUGGGUAAAUGAUGCACUUCCAAUGUACUGUGUUGAUCAGUGUAAUACUUUAGUUCUAGUGGUAUUUGCUUGUCUAGUAAAUACUGUAUAUUACAUGUACAUGGCUCCAAUAUACAGCAUGUGGUAAUAUGCUCGCUGUCCUUGGUCAUCGUCUAUAAAGCCACCAUGUUUACCUGGCACUUACAUAAGGUGGAGCCACCAUGUAAUCUAUUGCAAACAUUUACACAGUGUUGAACUUAAACACUACUACAGUGCGGUCGGUAUAGUUGGUAGUUCUGUAUCAGUACUUGUGUUCUUUGAUGUUCUUAGUUGGUGGUUUUCUGUUCCAAGUCUUAUGUACAUGUUUUGUCAUGUAGCCUAAUUUGUUCUCAAAUGAUCAUUGUUUUGUUCUGUGAAAAUUUAAGGAAUUGCAACUGAGUGAAAUUAUUUCAAAACAAAAUAGAAAUCUUGAUACGUGAAUGCAGUCCAAUUUUAUUGCCCUGUAUUAAAUGCUACCAUUGUAAAACUGGAA